GAUGGAAAUCUUCUUGUCUCAGUAUAAAAAAUGUGAGGUGUUGCGUCAUCGCGUGGCGUUGCAACUUACGCCAUGAGGAACACAACAUGUGGUAUCGACAAGUCGCCAACUAAAAUCUUCAAAGAGGGAACAUCCAUCAUCCAGUACUAUCCUUGGAUGGGUUACCUUAUAUACCCCUUAGGAGACGACAUAUUCUCAACAGCCGUGGUUCUUGUGGCUAAGCAGUUGGUUAUUGCUAACGCUAACGAGAUAGAUAAACUUCCCAAAACAAAUUUCAGGUCUCUAUCAAGGGUAUACUUGGGCCGCAACUGCAGCGGUCCAGCGUUCAGGAUCCGAGAGUACUCUUACCACCCGCAGUACAAGAUGGCAUCUUAUAACGAACUCGCUCUCAUACAGCUCGAUGUUGACGACAGCACCAUGGAACUGCGUCCAAUUUGCGCACCGCCAACACAUUUUAUUGAUCCAGAGUUCUUUGCUAUGAGCUUUGCUACUGACUGUUCCGAUUCGGAUAUCCGCUUACAUAGAAUGAGAUACGUGGACUUCCGAGAUUGCCAACAGUAUUAUGAUAACAAAGGGUUGGUCCAGCAGAGAUUAUGGCCGACACACUCAGCUUGUGCGAAGGCAUUGGACAGGAUAGCCUGUGUGUGGAGGAGCGGCACUGUGCUGGUCGUCUACCAGGGGGGACGGUGGCUACUGCUGGGUUUCGGAGUUUAUGGCCCCGGGUGCUCGGAGCCAGCUCGGUUCAUCGACUACGGCAUGUACCACAGCUGGGUGAAGACCAGCAUCGCCAGAAUCGGCAGGGCUGCUAUCACUAGGCUGGGACCUUCACAUCUCGUCAUGAGGAGAACAGCGUCAACGAUCCAAAGGUUCGGCCCGUGUGAUGUGGAAGAAAUGACGACAGAGAUUUACACUGAUAUGACCAAUGUCACUGUAAUGCCGUGCUUCGAUUUCAAGAAUAUCAAGUAUAAUGUAACCCUUUACGCCCACGUAGAGUAUUCAUGCGUAACUUUCGACGUGGAUUAUCUAGUUGGCGGCAGCAACACGCCAUUUCUGUACCUUCGCCGAUGGUGUUUCGGAGAAAACCGUAUGUGUCAUGAGCUCGACGUCCUCCAGAUAGACUUCUAUGUGGAAGUGUACUUUGCUGUAUCGGCGAUUGUCAGGGUGGCAGCUUAUGGAAGACAGCCGAAGUUCAUAGAUCCCAAGAAAGCAAUGGAGAGGACCAACGUUUGGAGUAGAAAACGCCCUGUUGUUACUAAAUCUACCAAGGACCUGUCCUUUCUAGGGGUCAACCUUAACUGGUACUUCAAGACACCGUGGCCGAGCUAUGAGUCGACGACGACAGAACGGUCUACCACCACCGGCUCCGACACCACUACCACCGGCACCGGACUCAGAUACUACGACAUAGUAGACCCACCACCACUUAAACGGGCAGACCCUGGCAGAUAAGCGCGCUAAAGGGCUUAUUACACCCAUGGUAUAACGCAGUAGCAAAGAUUUUGUUUCUUUAAAAAUUGUACUGUCCUAAAAGCAAAACAGUUUUUAACAGAAAAUUUGCUUUCCUUAAACUAUUAUACUUACACAAAUUUUUCCUGUACCCAAAGGUUGCCUGGAAGAAAUUGCCGCAUGAACAAUAAGGCCGCCUGUUGUGCUUUUCUGUAUAUGUUGUCCUUAUCCCUGUAUUUUGUGUCCAUUGUGCUCAAUAAAGUAUUUUAUCUAUCUAUGGAAGAUACAGAGGAGUUAAUAAAGUA